UUUCCGUCCUUGCAGGACUUGCCCUGUGUGAGGAUGUGAGAGUGUGUGAGAGAUAAAUGGAAACUUGCACUGGGUGGCAGACGGGUAUCAGGGGCUUGUCUCCAUGCUUUCCAGUUGGUUUGUGUCUCUGCCCUUGCCGCUGUGUGACUGAGUAUACUUGGGUGUGUAUGUGCCUGACGUGCAGAUAUGGACACGCUCAGCCCACAGGAUAUUUUCUCUUGUCGUGAUGUAUGUGUGUAUGUGACCACGCUUUGAAAAGUCACUGCCCAAAUCUGUGCUGUGUUUCCAGCUGUCUUUUUCUUUUUUUGCCACUCCACAAGGCUUGUGGGAUCCUAGUUCCCUGAGCAGAAUCCUACCCAUUGGGCCACCAGGGAAUUCCCUCCAGUUGUGUCUUUAUAAUUGGGUGUGCCGGGCAAAUCCAUGGACACACACACACAUACACACAGAUUCCAUCUAUCUUUGCUGCUUUGUGCAAUGGUUUGCAUAUCUUAUUGGGGUAUCUCUAUGUGUCUUUGUGCUGCACUGUUACACAGGAGUGUGUGACUGUCGUGGUUCUGUGUGCAAGUUCUGGAGCCAUGUUACCUGGCUGAAUCCCACUGCUGCUUUUUUCUUUGGCUGUGACCCACAGGCCAGUUGCUCACCCUCUCUGAGGCUCAGUUCUCUGCUGUAAAAUGUGGCUACUUACGGAGACCAGCUCAGGUGGCCAGGAUUAAAUGAGAUACAAAAUGUUGAGUUUGGAGUCACCCCCGUCAGGCAGCAGGUGCUGCUGAAACUCGCCGUUGUGGUUCUCUGUGAUGUGUGUCUGUGUCUGUGUCCGAGGCUGGGAUUCACCCCAGCCUCCUGGGCCUGCAGCCUCCCACGCUCUGUGCUCUGCUGUUGGGGGGACAUUCAGGGCACUGAACUGCGUUAUCAGGCUCUGGUGGCCUGAGCAGGAGGGUCUGGCAAUUCUGCCUCUGUUCUCACGUGGGAAAUGCUAAAUAUUUACAAUUGGAGCUCCCUGGCUUAGCAUUUCACAGCUCCAGUUCCAGGCUCUGGGUGGCUGGGGGUGGUUACCACGCCUCCUUCCUCCUUGCUCUCCCACUAGCCUCUCCCCUUCUCCAGUUCAGAGGCCCUGCUGGACCCUCGGCUCCUUCUUGGACUUCUUGUGUCUGCUCUGGGCCUUGUGGAACUCAGGGUCUUGGUCGUGAGAGGGCAGGGAUAUUUUGUGUGUGUGCUGCCCCCGACUGUAUUCCCAAGCGCCUAGAACUGAGGCCAGGAAACACUCAGCUCAGUGAAGCCUUGCAGAGUGAAUGCACGAGGCAUAUUGACCUGCAGGGCGCCUGGAACUCAGGGGUCCGCCAUGUCGGCACCCCAGCUGCUCACGUUGCAGCUGCUGCUCCUGCAGGGCGCGUGGUGGGCGCGCGCAGCCGCUCCGCGCUGCACCUACACCUUCGUGCUGCCCCCGCAGAAGUUCACAGGCGCCGUGUGCUGGAGCGGGCCAGCGGCCGCGCGCCCGACGCCGGAGGCCGUGAACGCCAGCGAAGUGGCGGCGCUGCGCGUGCGCGUGAGCCGCCACGAGGAAUUGCUGCGCGAACUUCAGCGGCUGGCAACGGCCGACGGCGCCGUAGCUGGCGAAGUGCGUGCGCUGCGCAAGGAGAGCCGUGGUUUGAGCGCGCGCCUGGGCCAGCUGCGCGCGCAGCUGCAGCACGAGGCGGGCCCAGGGGCGGGGCCUAGCCCGGGGGCGGAGCCCGCCUCCGCGCUGGCGCUGCUCGGGGAUCGCGUGCUGAACGCCUCGGCCGAGGCUCAGCGCGCUGCCGCCCGCUUCCACCAGCUGGACGUCAAGUUCCGCGAGCUGGCACAGCUAGUCAGCCAGCAGAGUGGCCUCAUCGCCCGCCUGGAGCGCUUGUGCCCGGGGAGUGCGGGAGGGCAGCAGCAGGUCCUGCCCCCACCCCUGGUACCUGUGGUUCCCGUCAGUUUGGUGGGUGGCACUGACGACAGCGGCAGGAGGCUAAACUCAGCCGCAGAACCCCAGAGAGAUCAGACCCUGAGACAGCCAGGACCCCUGGCCUCUCCUCUGCCCUCAGGGCACCCUGCUGUUCCUCCUAAGCCAGCAGGCCCAUGGCGGGAUUGUGCAGAGGCCCGCCAGGCAGGCCAUGGACAGAGUGGAGUGUAUGAGUUACGAGUGGGCCGGCACGUGGUGUCAGCAUGGUGUGAGCAACAGCUGGAGGGCGGAGGCUGGACUGUGAUUCAGAGGCGGCAAGAUGGCUCGGUCAACUUCUUCACUACCUGGCAGCACUACAAGGCGGGCUUCGGGGAGCCUGAUGGGGAAUACUGGCUGGGCCUUGAACCUGUGCAUCAGCUCACCAGCCGUGGGGACCACGAGCUACUGGUGCUCCUUGAAGACUGGGGAGGCCGUGGGGCACGCGCCCACUAUGAUGGUUUUUCCCUGGAGCCUGAGAGUGACCACUACCGCCUGCGGCUUGGCCAGUACCAUGGAGAUGCUGGAGACUCUCUUUCCUGGCACAAUGACAAGCCUUUCAGCACCGUGGAUAGAGACCGAGACUCCUAUUCUGGUAACUGUGCCCUGUACCAGCGGGGAGGCUGGUGGUACCAUGCCUGUGCCCACUCCAACCUCAAUGGUGUGUGGCAUCGUGGUGGCCACUACCGUAGCCGCUACCAGGACGGGGUCUACUGGGCCGAGUUUCGUGGUGGGGCUUACUCUCUCAAGAAGGCUGCCAUGCUGAUCAGGCCCCUGAGGCUGUGACCCUCUGUCCAUCUGUCCCUCAGGUCCCAGGGGAUGUUUGUCAGCAGGAGCCCAAGUUGUCCUGGCCACCCCUCCUUUGUGGCUCCAUGCAGACCACGCCCCACAGACCUCCUCCCGUUGU